UCUGUCCCGUUUGUCCGCCAUACAGGCCAGCUCGGUACUGCUGUGAACUAACUUCCUGCAUGCGGCGGAGGGCUGGAAGGGAUUUUCUGGGCUGAGCGGCCGCCGCCGUUGUCCACGCGGGCUCCCCCCCUCUGCUCCUCUCCGUGGAUGGUGCGUUUUCAUAUCAUCUGGAGAGGCCGAGGCCGACAUUUUACCCCGGUCCGGAGGAGCCUUAACUCCGAAGGGGACAUCCUAGGACGCCGCGAUAAGGUAGAGCCCAUCUCGCGGCGCCUCUCGCCCGCGGCCGAGCUGGGAGGCUGAGAGCUGCAGGGCUGCGACAUGUGAAAAGAGCUCGACCCCUUGACCUUCACAGCUCUCAAUCUUAGCAGAACUCGCUUCAACCGACGUUGUGACCGCGACCUGACACCCUCCUGCAACCGGGCAUGCCUCAGCCGGGUAUGAAUGGGAUGGAGCCUGCGUUUGGCGAGGCCUACGGGGGACACAGGGGUCUGCUGAGCCCCUACCCUCUGGCCAUGUCGCCACAAGGGGGCAGGACUGAGUACGACCAGAGCGUGCUCCUCAUGCUGGGCUCCCCGGCAUCGCCAAGGAAACGGCCCUUUGAGUUGCUAAGCGACCUGGUGGACGACGGGGGCUUCGGUGAGGACCUGCACCCGGAGCGCUGGGACGUGUCCGCGCUGGACGAGAUGGCUCGCUACACCAAGCUGGGCCUCGGGGUGGGAGGGGAGCUGCUGCCCUGCUCCGAGGACGCCGUCCUGAUUGGCCGCUGGGGGAGGAGCCGGGAGGAGCAGGAGGAGGAAGAGGAGGAGGAGAGGAGGAGGAGGAACAGACACGCAGCACCUCCGGUCACCCAGGAAGUCCAGGCCACCGCUGCAGGGAGGGAGGAGGGGCGCGUAUCUGUUGCCACGACAACAGAGAGGGGGUUAUGUGUUGCAGGAAGAGCAGCGGGAGGAGGACAGGAUGGGGGGAUGUCGAGGCAGCAUACGGUGGAGGUGUAUCAAGUGGCACAGGAGGAAGAGGAAGAGGAAGUGGCUGCGGUGGCGGCGGCGGCCGGUUUGGCUCUAGAGCACUGCAGCGAGGAGCACAACUACUCUCUGAGCCAGGGAGGGGACAACUCUCAGACAGAGGAGGUGCGAGCGGGGGAGACGCAGCAGGAGGUGCGGGGCAGGGAGGAGAGCCAGGCCAAGACUGAGCUAGAUCUGGAGGACGAGGAGCAGGAGGAAGAGGAGGAGGAGGAGGAGGAGGAAGAGGAAGAGGAGGAGGAAGAGGCGGAAGAAGGAGAGGAGGGAACGGAGGAGACGGCGGUGGAGGCUGAACUCUCCAGCUCCUCAGAAACUGAGUGUGAGGCGGAGGUGGAGGCAGAGCCAGCCAGGCAGCUGGGUGAGCGCCCAUCGAAGCGUCGCUGUUUCUGGGAGUACAGGCGCGCUCGCGAGUCGGCCACAAAGAAGAAGCUGGGCGGGGACGUCCACUGGUCUCUGUCCUGGAGCUCCAGCACUCUACCCAGCACACUGUACCGCAGAGAGGGUAAAAAAGGGCGCCGCAAAGCCCGGAAGACGGACGCCAGCGACCUGACGCCAAACCCCCAGAAGCUCCACAACAUCGGGGAGCAGCUGCAGAAGCUCAACGCUGCCAUCGACGGCAUGGGCCCAGUCAACGACCUACCUGCCGUGGCCCGUGCCCGGUCCCGUAAGGAGAAGAACAAGCUGGCCUCCAGGGCCUGCCGGCUGAAGAAGAAGGCCCAGCACGAAGCCAACAAGAUCAAGCUGUGGGGGCUCAACCAGGAGUAUGAGAACCUGCUGGGGGCUCUGCUGCGGAUCAAGGAGGUGAUCAGACGACGAGUGGAGAGCAGUGAGGAGGAGGACACGGACGAGCGAGGUAUGACCCAACGCCUGGAAGACAUCCUCCGAGAGUCCAGCGGUCCUUUAGUUGCCGGGCGGACCAAAGACUUUGUGCAGAGGAUUUUGGCGGCCAGCGCGGGCAGUCAGAACCAGCGCAAAGAGCCCCUCCAGGAGGGGGACGAGGCAGCGGGGUAAACUCACCCAGCGCCCCUCCCUCCGCCUUCCACGCCCCCACCGACCUGACCUGACCUGACCCGACCUGACCCAGCUUCUCCUCACCACCUCCACUCUCACAGUGUAAAAGUAAGAGCAAAGAGGUUAGGCAGAGGUGGAGAGGUCGGGAAAAUAGAGGAAGAGGAGGAGGAGGAGGAGGAAGGAGUAGCCUAAACAAAAGGGGAGUAAAUUGCCACCCUGCUCCCAGUCCUCUCUCGUUUGCCCUCCAAACAGCAGCCGUCUUCACCGCUCUGUCUCUGCAGGCUGCACCAAAACCACCACCAGACCAGAGCUGCUGCUGCCGCUGCUGACGUCUCUGUAUUCUGUGUUCUGUCUGUGUGUGUGUGUGUGUGUGUGUGUGCGCGUGUGCGUGCGUGUGUUGGACAUGUAACAUAAUGUAUGAGCGUGUACAGUGUUCCUCUCUCCCUCUGUGUGCUGUAUUUGUAUCCCAUUGUGCCUAUGAAUAGACAUUGCACUGUUUUGUAGAUGGUUGUAGUUGUCGGCAGGGGACCAGUAGUGAGCCGAGGGCGAGGGGACAUUUGAGGAUAGAGGAAGCGCUAAAAUAAGGAAGUGGGAGGAGCCCAGGCCUGGACAACAAGGAGGCGCGCGUGUCUUUUUUAUUUGACUGGGCUCCUAUAGAGACACUGCAUACCAUUCGGAUUGCAUCGGCGUCUAAAGAUGUCAGUAAGUGUUGCGAUGCCCGACGAGCGACGGAGUCCCGAUACCAGACCAGCUGUUAAACGGAGACAACGGCGUGUUCGUUGUGGAAAAAAUCCUUGGAGCUUUAAUACCCCGCCCCGCCGCCGCGCCGCACCCCUCUCACACCCCUUUCACCCCAUCACGGCGUAAGCAAAGUUGAAAACAAAAGAGAAAACUGCACCUUAAUUCAAACUGACCAAAGAUGAACCACUCAGAUGCUGCCAACCAUCACCACGUCAUUAUAGCUACAAAAGUGACGGAUACACUAACUGAAAUAUUUUGGAUUCCUGUCACGUUUACCCGCAUGCAUCCUUAAAGGAUGAUGUUAACCCCCCUUCACCCAAAUGCACUACCAUCGCGGAUGUGAGAGGCCGCGGUGUGACAGACGGGAAGUGACUGACGGGACAUGGUGUGUUCAGCCUCCUUUAGCUUAUCUGCAGUGGCUUUAUUUUUGCCCACAAAAAGGGAAGUGUCCUCAAUUCCUUCCCCAAGCCCUCUCCUCAACCCCUGACCUGAUUAUGUAGCGCACCUUCCUGAAUUACAAUGACAAAUAGAGGAAAAAAAAAACACAAAAAAAAAAACACUUGUAGAUCUAGAAAGCAAAUAAGUUUAAUUUGUUUUGUUUUUAUGAUUUUGUUGUUACUUGGCAAAGCCACAGCCCACAAAGUGGGUGUCAGUCUUGAGAGUUGAAAUCUGCCUUUCUUCUGUGGUCUUUGCUGAAGCUGUAGACCAACCUGUCCGAGGUCUCUAAAUGUUGUUGGACAUAAAAUGUCAAGGACCCUUUGAAUUGCACUGUGGUAAGAGCAACUAAGCACCUUUUGAAGAGGGCUUCGGAUCCUCCGAGAGAGAGAGAGAGAAAAGAAAAGAAAAAAAAAAGACUCUUGGCACCUUUUUCUAAGACAGAUAUUGAUUGAGAAACUUGUGGGCGCCCAGCGCUUUUGUGACCGUCUGGUGGUCUCGGCUUGUUUCAGUAUGGUGCUACUGUACGACGAGGAAAAUAAAAAGCAAUGCAAACCUGAGCGGAGGCAUCAGGCAGUAACUGCUGACUGGGUUUUGGCCUGUGAGCACAUAUUGUCGUAAUAGGCGGUUUGUUUGCAUAAUGACACCUUUCUGAAGUGCCUGGAGCUUAAAGCCACAGGGACCUGUGUUAUUAUGCCUGAUCUUAUGCCCUGUUACAAGGUAGAACGUAACCCAUGACUACUGCUCUACGUUUGGCCUCACUUGACUUUACUUAUUAAAAAAAACAAA